GCGACUUUAGAGGAGGAAGCUGGCUUCCCGCACCCACCGCCGCCCCCUCUCCUAAGCCCAUCCCACCUGUGUGUGUCUUCCUUGGCUCUCUCCCCACCACACUCGGUAUUUCCAAGCACCGAGAAGCAGACACGAGAACCUUCUCUCCAGUUCCGUUUUUUCUGCUCAUCUAAUCUUUCCCAUACUGGGUGCUCGCUCCACUAGUUUCUGGAGCCUUAUUCUUUUCUGAGUCCCCAGCCCCAAGCAGAGGACGUGGCACCAGGAGCACUCCAUAAAGUUACUGAGAAAUUUCGUUUCUUCCAGGUAUGGAUCAGCUGAAGCAGAUCAUCUCCUUAGGCCAGCUUAUCUACAACCAGUGUGAGGAGAUGAAAUACUGCCAGAAACAGAGCCGACGUCUAGGGAACCGCAUCCAGGGCCUGCUGCAGCCUCUGCAAAUGCUCCAGGACCAAGGAGAGAGGAACCUGCCCUCCCAGAUAAGCGCUGCGCUGAGCCGUUUCCAGGCUGCCCUAGAGGAAGCUAAGCAGCGGAUAGACAAGUUCAGCAAUAAGUCCGAUAUCCAGAAGUUUUUAACAGCAGGGCGCGACAGCAUAAUCUUUGGUGGGGUGAACCAGAGGCUGAGCGAUGUCUGGGAGGAGCUCUCUCUGCUGCUCCAGGUGGAUCAGUGGAGGCAUACUUCAAGCCUCAGCCCAGGAGUGUCUUGGCAACAGGAAGACCAGCAGGAUGCAGAGGAGGACAGGAAGGCCAUCCAAGGACUGAGUGAGAAAGAAACUGUAAAAACUUUAUUGAGGCAAUUGGAGAACAUAAAGGAAACCAUCGAAGCCGUGCAGAGCUGGAUGAGGUCAGAUUCACAGAAACCCAAGAAGGGGUUCCCACAGGAUCAAAUCAAGGAGAUUAAGAAGGAGGAGCUUCCAGAAGCUGAUUGGAUCCUACUAAAGGAAAAUGAAUCCAGCACACUUUAUGAAGGAAAAUACCACGAAUCUCCAGUGGCCAUAAAAGUAUUCAACAACUCCCAGGCCAAAGACAUUGGAAUAGUGAGGCAUACUUUCAAUAAUGAAAUCAGAACCAUGAAGAAAUUUGAUUCCCCCAACAUCCUGCGCAUGUUUGGGAUUUGCAUCGAUGAAACAGCAAUCAGCUCUUUUCCAUCAGUGACACCCCCUCAGCUAUCCAUCGUCAUGGAGUACUGUGAGCUCGGGACCCUGAGGGAGCUGCUGGAUCGGGAAAAGGACCUCACCCUGGCCAAGCGCAUCAUCCUGGCCCUGGGGGCAGCCAGAGGCUUGUACAGGCUGCACCAUUCGGAAACACCCUCAGAACUCCACAGGAGCAUCAGUAGCACGAGCUUCCUGGUGACUAAAGACUACAGUGUGAAGCUUGCAGGAUUUGAGUUGAGCAAAACACAGACCUCCAUCAGCCGACGAACUAGAGGAAAAGCAGCAGAGAGAGUCAGUUCUGCCGCCUACAUCUCACCCCAGAGGUUGGAAAAUGUGUAUAAUAAAUACGACAUAAAAGCUGAAAUAUACAGCUUUGGAAUUGUCCUCUGGGAGAUCGCCACUGGGAAGAGCCCAUUUGAAGGUUGUGAUUCCAAGAAGAUCUACCAGCUGGUGGCUGAGUCUCGGCACCGGGAGCCAGUGGGCGAAGAUUGCCCUUCACAGUUGCGGGAGAUCGUUGAUGAUUGCCGUGCCUAUGAACCCUCCAGGAGGCCCUCUGUUAAAGAAAUCUUAAACAGACUGUCUUCCUUUUAUUAAGCCACGUGUUGAAACUGAAACUGUCCCUGAACAAGGAGUUGGAAGAACACGAGCUGGGCAUCUUUUUCUCUCAAAUCCUUCAGCAUGGAUUUAUUUAUGGAUACAGGGGGGCAGCACUUCUCUGUUACAAAUAGAAAACAACUCCCGUAAUCCAUGCCACUCCCAAUGAUACUGUCAAAAGUACACCUUUGAUAAUAACUCUGAUAGUUUUACAAAAAUGUGUCUCUCUCUGGAUCCAAACCUCUUGGGAUUGUGACUUAGCAGCCCCUCCCAUCAGGAAGUCGAAUCUAGGGCUUUCCUGGUGGGCUCAGUAGUAAAGAAUCCACCUGCCAAUGCAGGAGACAUGGGUUUGAUCCCUAGCCUGGGAAAAUCCCACAUGCCACAGUACUAAGCCUGUGCACCACAACUAUUGAGCCUGCGCUCUAGAGCCUGGGAGCCACAACCACUGAGCCCAACUGCUAAAGCCCACCCACCCUAGAGGCCGUGCUUUGCAACAAGAGAAGCCACUGCAAUGAGAAGCCCGCUCACUGCAACGAAGAGUAGCCUCCACUCAUUGCAACUAGAGGAAAGACCUGCGCAGCAAUGAAGACCCAUCACAGCUAAAAAUUAAAAAAUAACCAACUUUUUUUUAAAAAAAGAAGUAGAAUCUACAUCCCCACCACUUGAACCUGGGCUGGUAUUGUAACUGGCUUUGACCAACAGAAUGUCGAAGUGGUGGUGUUUUGGUUCCAAGCCCAGGCUUCGAGAGGCCUUACAAACUUCCACCCCGUCUCUUGGAGCCCUCCCCUGCCAGGAGCAAGCUGCGCAAGGGUGCUGGAGAAGGAGAGGCUACAUGGAGCCGUCUGUCACAGAGAUGAAUCCAUUUGAGACCAGAAGAACCGCACAGCAGAAGCAGCCCAGACGGCCCAUUUACAAAACCAUGAGCUAAAUAAAUGGCUGUGGUCUUAGCCACUAAGUUCCAGGGUGAACUGUGACAGCAGUAAACAGCUGGGCAAAGAUUGAUCCUUCCUCUUUCCCACUGAACUAAGUACAGAAUCCCCCUUUGGAUCCCCAAGGCCUUUUAUCUCUGACGCCAACCUGAUCUCCAGUAUCUGGUCCCAGAGUGCUCCCGCCAGAGACUGCAAACUCUAAUACCUGUGAGGUCUAGUGGGAGCCUAAAAAGUGAGUUGAGCCUGAAGGAGAGACUUCGGGGAACAGGUGAACUCUGUGAAGAAAGGGCAGCCUCUGCUCAGCUGCAGCCUGUUUUUAUCAUAUAGGAACAGGACCCCAGUGUUUCCAGAGCCAUCCACUUUGUCACAUUUUUGGUAAAUUGUCCAUCUUUUUAAAGAUUGGCACUUCAUUAAAAAUUAUUUUUAUGCUGUACAGGACAAACUAAAUAUAUUAGCCUAAGAGUUCUCAGAAACCCAUGUCUCCUGGAUGUAACCUGUUUGUUCUGAAUUUUUUUACACCUUUGCUCUUGGUAAGGUGACCUCUACUUGUCACUGCUUUUCUUUCCACCUGAACUCAUCCCAAAUCAUUCAACAGCAAUGUGCUGGGCAUUGUUCCAAUUACUGAGGAGACAACAAUAGGUGGGGGCAGGCAGGGAGAGGAGUCAAUUGGGAGCUUGGGAUGAACAUACAUAAGACAGAUAACCAACAAGGACCUACUCGAUAGCACAGGGGACUCUAUUCAAUAUUCUGUGAUAGCCUAUAUGAGAAAAGAAUCUAAAAAAGGAGGAAUAUAUUUACAUGCGUAAGUGGAUCACUCUGCUGUACGCCUGAAACUAACACAACUAUAGUUCCAUAAAAUUAAAUUAAAAAAAAAAUAGGCAAAAUAAAUUGGAGCUUAUAAUCUGGGGAAUAAAAUUGUGGUUCAUUUCUAUUCCUUUUUAUCUUUUAUUUAUUCUUGAUGUUUUUAAACCUAGAACAUUUUUAAGUUAAAAAAGAGUCAACCAGGACAGGUUGAACACUGAGGCUUUUCUUGAGCUAAUCAUCGGGUAGUGCUAUUUUCAUCUUUGAAAUCUUUUGUUCUCUGUGGCUAUAGGGGCUACAGCGUAAGUUCUCCCUUAUAGGUUAUACAUGCUCUGGCAGAUCCACCUGCAGAGGCGGAUUCACUGUAAAAGUAUUAGUAAUAAAGCUUAAUCUUCAGGGACCCCUGACUCGCACAAGACAGCUUCCAAAGCCCUAUACCUAAUUUUUUCCUCAACAUUUAUAAAUAUAAAAAUUUUCAAAUACUCAGAAAUGUCAGUAGAGUUAUGCUCUGAACAUCUGAAUAGUCACCACCUAGAUUCUACACCUAACAAUUCACCAUAUUUUAUCACAUACUUAUCAAUUUAGCCUUUCUUCUUCUUACUGUUGAUCUAUCCUUACUUUUUAUGCAUUUAGAAGAAAAUUUCAAACAUCAACACAAUUCAUCACUAAACAUUUCAGCAUUUAUAUUAUUAACUGCAGUUCAAUAUUUGUUUACAGGGUGGUGGUGGUUGUUUGUUUGUUUGAUGGGGGAAGGUAAUGUUUCCAUGUUGUGAAAUACACAAAUCCUAAAUAUACCAUUUGAUGAGAUUAAUAAAUUCAUACAGAUGACUGAUCCAGACCCCCAUCAAGAUGACAAACAUUACCAUCAUGCCCCAAAGUCCUAUUAUGUGCAUACAGUCAAACCCCCUCUUCACUCCUGCCCUGCAAUUCUGAUUUAAAUGGCAUUUUUGAGGUAUAAUUGUCCCACAGUGGAUUACACGUUUCACAUGUGUGAUUUGAUGUUUUGACAUAUAUAUGCACCACCACAAUCAAGAUAAUGGACAUGUGCAUCCCUUCCCAAAGCUUCUUCGUGCUCCUUUAUAAUCACUCCCUCCCACCACCCUACCACCCCCAUUUCCCUAGGCAACCACUGACCUGCUUUCUAUCAUUACUGAUUAGUUUGUGUUUUAAAAUUUUAUAUAAAUGUAAUCAUAUGAUAUAUGAUAAAUUUGCCUUCUUUCAGUAUAACUUUUGAGAUUCAUCCAUGUAAUCACAUGUAUCCUUAAUUUAUUCCUUUUCUAGCUGAAAAAUAGUUGAAAACUAUGGCAAUGUAUGAGUGUAACCAUUUAUUUAUCCUUUGAUCUGCUGAUGAACAUUUGAGUUGUUUAUAAUUUUUGGCUAUUACAGAUAAAGAUGCUAUUGAUUUUUA